AUGAAUGCUGCCACAGCCACCAUCACUGCUACAGCUGCUGGUGCUACAGCCGCCACCACAGCAACAGCCGCCGCUGCAGCGAGCCUCCCCGCCCUUCCCGUGUGGCUGUCCCCGCGGGUGCUGCUGGUGGCGGCGCUAUCCGGCAGCAUCGCGCUGGCGUCCAUGGUGGUCAACGACGUGUUUGACUGGCAGAUCGGGUCCGACCGAGUCAACUCGCCUGCCAAGCCCCUCGUGUCAGGCGCCGUGCACCCUUAUGAUGCGGAGCCAGCAGCAGGCUGUCUCUACACCCUCAUAGUCCUCGCAGCCUGUCAGCUGGAGCCCUUGCCUCUCCGCAUGCUGGUGGCGGGGCCGGCGGUCGGCACGUAUCUCUACACUCCGUUUCUGAAGAGAAUCACUCUGGUUAAGAACGUCUCAGUCGCUGCAAUCAUUGCGUCGUCGUUGCUUGCCGGCGCGCUUGCUGCUGGAGCCUCUUUCUCCGCCCUCUACCGCGCGUCAGGCGCCUUUCUCUUCCUCUUCCACGCGCUGCUGUAUCGAGAGGUGCUUAUGGACGUCGCUGACGUCACUGGUGACGCCAGCGCGGGCGUGCCGACGCUUGCGGUGCGGCUGGGGAAGCAGAGGGCGGUGAUGGUGGCGUGUGGCAUGCUGGUUCUGGCGCAUGCUGCUGGGCGGCGUGGUAGCGUCGAGCUCGCACUUCAAGUAGCCAGCCCACAGCAGCCAUGGAGCCUCGUGAAGUGCCGCUUCUGUGCCGUAGCCCCCUGUUGUGCCAUCUCGCCGUCGCUCUCUCUGCGAGACUAUCUCGCCGCCCCUCGUUCUGCCCAACCAUCGUCGGCGAAUCUGCGCCCAUAUCUCGCCAACCACUGCCAUCCACGAUCGCUACCGUCACCUGCGCUGCGCCUCUCUGCCGCGCCUCUCCGCUGCGCCGAUCGGUUUUCCGCUCCGCUCGCCACGAUGGGCGGCUUUCCGCCGCUGCUCGCGCUGCUCGCGCUCGCCCUCAUUCUCGGUCAGUCCACCCGCCGUGCCGCCCCGCCAGUCCUUUCUGUGUGCGCAUGCCGGCGUGUUUUCGUCCGUCCCUUGCCUCGUUGUCCCCACCGGCCCGUCACAUCACCUUCAUUCUCCGCCAUGCGCUCUCCGCGUCAUUCAACAUGCAUGAGAGCGCCAUUCGCAUUCGCGCUGUGCCACACCAACCAGGGCGAUCAGGGCAGACCGCACCAACCAACUCCCCGCCCUGCUCUGCUCCCCUCUCGCCCCUGCUCGCCCUCCCCUGCAGCCAGUGACGUCAUCCGCGGGGCGUCAGGCCAAGACGUGUCCGCUACGCCGCCGCCGGCGGUGGCGACGGCGAUCGCGGUGGGCAGCACUUUCACCUUCAACUUCACGGCGGCGCGCUGCACCAACCUGCCCACCACCGCCUCCUCCGCCACCGUGCAGUGGACGUCCGCCGCCGCCGCCACCGCCGGUCUCCCCGCGUGCGAGAACGUCACCUUCUUGACCGGCCCUGAUUGCACCGGGGUCGUCGCGUCGUCCGCCGCCAAGCCCUCAAGCCCGACCACCUACACCACCCGAGCCAUUCUCUCCUCUCCGUAUCCACUGUCGGCUCUCUGCUACAUCGUCGGAGACGCUCCGUGGUGGCCCACGGAGGUGGCGGCCAGGGUGGUGGUGGCGACGGCCGUGGCACUGGGCGCCUACAAGGUCGCCUUCGACCCCUCCUCGCGCUGCGCCACUGUGCCCGCCGGCACGGCCCCCGCUGGCGUGAGCACGCCUGUGAGCGUGCAGUGGGGGAGCAGCAGCAGCUUGGCGGGGGGCGGGGCGAGUGCGCCGUGCAACUUGGUGUCGUUCUUCCCGGGCACCAACUGCGACGGCGCUGUCAUGCAGCACUUCUACUCCUUCUCCAGCAGCAACCCUUCGUCCAUCACACCGUCAUCAUUGAGCCCACUCACAACAGUUCGCUGCAAAUUCUCGUCCAACACGGCGUGCAAGUAUGCCACAUGCCCGGCCAACUCCGUGUGUGCGGAGACAAGUGACAACAGGGGAGCCACCUGCAAGUGCGACAAGUUCUAUAUUGGCAUCAACGGCACCUGCCAAGACAAGUGCAAUCUCGACUGCAUGGCCAAUGCCCGUUGUGUGAGGGACGCGUCUGGGGCCCCGGAUUGUGUGUGCAACAAGGGCUUUCAAUAUGCUCCUGACAGCAACACCUGCGUUGAUAAAUGUACUUUUGUGGAUUGUGGGCCCAACGGCAAGUGCAUCAAGGAUGCGAAUGGAAAUGCCACCUGUGCUUGCAACACUGGCUUCCAGAUGCCUCCCAACAAUAUCACUUGCGUUGACAAGUGCAAGUUGGUGACUUGCGCGGCCAACUCAGCCUGCAACAAGGAUGCAAGUGGAAACACAUCUUGCGAUUGCAUCGUGGGCUUCGAAAGGCUUUCAGGAGAUGACACUUGCGUUGAUAAGUGUGCUUCAGUGAAGUGUGCGCCGAAUGGCACGUGCAAGAGGGACGCAUACGGAAAUCCAGCCUGUAGUUGCAGCACUGGCUUCAAGCCUUCGUCUGACAAGCUCACUUGCAUUGACAACUGUGCUGCAGUGAAUUGUGGGCCUGGCGGCACAUGCAUCAAGGAUACAUACGGAAAUCCGUUCUGUAAUUGCACCACUGGAUUCAAGCAGUCUUCUAACAAGCUCGCUUGCAUUGACAACUGUGCUUCGGUGUAUUGUGGGCCCGGCACGUGCGUGAAGAAGGAGAACGGAGAUCCAACCUGCUCGUGCAACACGGGCUACCAGAUGUCUCCGUACAGAUUGUAUUGCAUCAGAACGGAGUGCUACAAUUUGGGGUGCGAACCAGAUGGGACCUGUGUAACAAACGAUGGAAUAACGUCGUGGUGCAAUUGGGACUCGCCCUGUGGCACCUGUCCCUCUGGAGCCAACUGCCAGAAUGUCCGAGCAUACCAGAGUUUCAAUGUGCUUGCGCCAUACUGCCGGUGCAGUUCGGGUUAUGGGAUGACCUCAACUGGUUGUGUGUAUGGUGCACCUGACCAAGUGCUUGCCAGCAGCAUCACACUCAUCCACGACAGUUCAGCAUUAGGCAGUGCAUCCAGGCCCUACACCUUCCGCUUCAAGUCCGGCUGCAAUCAGUUCCCAAAGGAGGUGGCUGGGAAUUACAAGACUGCGUUCGAAGUGCAUAGCAUAAAUGGAUUGGCGGGGUGUCGCCAGUGGCGAGGCUACACGACGGAUGACUGCGCCUCGACCCCCUAUGCCAGUGGAACCCUAUACUUGCCGCCAAUGACUGCAUAUGUAGC